UCAAGAUGGCCCCGCUGAAUGUCUGCAUGGUCGGCACCGGCGAGUACACCACGGGCUUCGUCGGCGGCGGACAGUCGGGCAGUGACAAGAAGGUCGGCGUCGUCGGCUUGACGCUGUUCGACCUCCGUCGACGAGGUCUCGUAGGCAGACUGUCGAUGGUGGGCACCUCUGGACACAAAUUCCCUGCCAUUCGCGAGCAUCUGACCAAGAAUAUCACCCACGUCUACAAUGGUCUCGACACUUCCUUCGACAGCUUCCCCGAAAACGACCAGCGCGACCCCGAAGCCUACCAACGCGCCAUCGAUGCCCUCUCCCCCGGCGAUGCCAUUACCAUCUUCACUCCCGACCCAACCCACUACCCCAUCGCCCUCUACGCCAUCCGCAAAGGCAUCCACGUUAUGAUCACCAAGCCCGCCGUCAAACUGCUCGCAGAACAUCAACAUCUGCUGGAAGAGAGCGUCAAGCACAACGUCUUCGUCUACGUGGAACAUCACAAACGCUUUGAUCCCGCCUACGCUGAUGCCCGCCAUCGCGCCACCAACGGGAGUCUGGGCGAGUUCAACUACUUCUACAGUUACAUGUCCCAACCCAAAUCCCAACUCGAGACGUUCAAGGCUUGGGCAGGCAAGGACUCGGAUAUCAGCUACUAUCUCAAUUCUCACCACAUCGAUGUCUGUGAAUCCAUGGUCCCUGACUGGAAACCUAUCCGCGUGACGGGCAGCGCUUCGACGGGGAUUGCGACCGACUUGGGCUGUGUGCCGGAGACGGAAGAUACGAUUACGCUAUUGGUCGAUUGGGAGAAGAAGGAGCAGAAGCAAGAUGGAGGCAGCAGCAGCAGCAGCAAGAGACGCGCGACAGGAGUGUAUACUGCGAGCUGGACUGCUCCGCAAAAGGCUGGUGUACAUUCCAAUCAGUAUUUUCACUACAUGGCAUCCAAGGGAGAAAUCCGAGUGGAUCAGGCCAAGAGAGGAUAUGAAGUGACCCAGGACGAAGGGUUAAUGUGGUUCAAUCCAUUUUAUAUGAAAUAUGCUCCUGAUGAAGAAGGAAAUUUCGCAGGACAAUCAGGAUACGGAUACAUUUCGUUUGAAAAAUUCAUUCACGGCAUCAAUGCAUUGAAAGAAGGACGUGCGACACUUGCAGAUUUGGACCGGAGAGGGUUACCGACGUUGAAAAAUACCAUUGCCACGGGCGCGAUUCUCGAGGCCGGAAGGAGGAGUAUUGAUGAGAAGAGGCCGGUGGAGAUUGUGGAGGAGGGUGGAAGGUGGAGUUUGCAUUAACGACGGGAAAAUGAAGAUCAUGAUCAUGAUGAUAAAUGACACACCAACACUGAAGAAAAAGUGACAAAAGUGAGAAGCAAUAGGUUGGCGUGCUACAGAUGUUAUUACAGCAUUACCUUGGCCGUGCUUUCUUUGCUAGCACUGCUCAAAGAGUCAGUAACCCGAAAGGGCAGGCAGCUCAACUACUAUCGAAUUUUGCAAGACUUUGCUUUUGCUUUUGAGCACAGACAUGAUCAUCCAUGAAUAUACAUAAUCGGUCAGAAUCAAUGAUGUGGUAUCUAAGCUGUGAAAUCAAAAACAUCUCGCAACAUCAACAUAGAACACGCUCGCUACCAUACCAAUGCUUGCUGCUUUGCUCGAUGGCUGGCUCAGUGGGAGGCUUUCCGGCAGAACCCUCCUUCUUCCUCCAGCCACCCCUCGCGUUCGUGGUGUGCACUUGUUGUCUGUGUUGGGGGGGUCAUCUGACAAUGUUGGGCGACAUGUCCAUCAUGCGCGACCGACCCGGAUCCAGCGAUGAGAUUGAAUCACGUAUACCUCUGACCUUGGACGUGGUGGACUCGCGCGACUAACGGAUCGAGUCUCCCGUUCCUAGACCUGCAGGCGUACCCUCCAACGCUUCUUCGUGGUGACCGUUGCUGGUGGUAGCAUGUGGAACGGAAUCGUUUGCAGGUGAUUCUGGCCGGUUGGCAGCAGCGGUAGCUUGUGCUUGCUCGAUCGGCUCUCCCACAUGCUCACCCUCGAGGACGACAGAUGGCUGGUCAAUGAUGCUCACGUCGCUGGGAUCUGCAGAGUCCACCGCCGAAGGCCGCGUCUUCUUGGGCUGUCCAUUGGUCUUCGGUCGCGAAGGCAGCUUCUGCUUGGGUGCAGCCGCUUUGGACUCCGCCUCUUUCGCUGUCCUGUUCGCAAAGGCGGCUGUGGGUCUCGUCAUCCGCUCCAGAAAGCUACCGUCAACAGGGGCGCUUACUUUCGUGGUGGUCGUCUGUGAGCUUCGGGAAUCAGGUCGACCUAGUGACGGGCGGCCUGAGGUGGUGGGCUUUGUUCGAGUCGAUGUUGGCGCUGCCUUGGCCGCAGAUGCAGACGGGCCUUCGACCCUGGCACGGGAGGCCGCAGUGGGAGCAGUGAGGCGAGAGGAGAUUUCUACAGGCUUGGUUGGCUCGCGCGGCUUCGGUUUCGGUGCUGCUGGCUUCGAGGAGGCCACCUUGUCAGCAGCAGCAGCGGCUUUCGCUACCGACGCAGCAGUCGGUGCACUCAGCGAUGCACGGCUAGGCUUCUUGCUGAUCUGAUGGGGCGAAGCAGCAAGUCUUGCUGAAGACGUCGUUGACUGCGGUGAUUUCGAGCUCGCAGCAGACGGUCUCGAGGGCUUGCUUGCGGUCGAGAGCGUCGCAGGCUUCGCAGAGGCUGCCUUGCUGGCAGUCUUCUUCUCACCACUGAUAGCCUCUGUACUGGUCGGCUCUGCAGGCUUCAUCACUGCAGGCUCCUCCUCCACGCCAGUCACAGACUUAUCCGGGUUGGCUGCUUCCUUAUCCUGCUUCUUAUCCUCCUUCUUGUCCUCCUUUUUCCCCUUUUCCAUUUGAUUCGCAGACGAAAUGCUCGUCUCUUUCUUCAGCGGUGAGCCCUUUGUCACCUUUGGUGCGCCUAGCUGCUUGUCAGCCUCCACCAGCGGCGUCUCCAGCGCAUUUUCCGGUAUCAUUUCCGCGACCGCAUGCGACUUCCGACGCUCGCCCUCCUCUGCCAUGGUGGCCUUGAGCGCCUGCACAGUAUCACUAUUCUUGUCCUCGCUGAAGCUCGUCCGCCUGCCCGUGCUCGGCUGCCUAUUCAAGGCGGUGUUUGCGUCGACAGUCUCCUUGGCGUCACUGUUGGGGAUCUUGCUAAAGUCCGGUGCGGAGGCCAUGUUCAUUGCGGGUUUGCUGUUGGGCGAUUCGACGGCAAUGAACGAGGCUCGAAUCUUGGAGCGUGGUCGCUGCUGAUCGUCGGCAGCGAGUCCUCCAGGAGAUCUGCCUCUGCCGGCGGUCGUGGAGGUAUCUGAGGCGGUGGUCUUGUUCUCAAAAAGGGAGCGGAGAUUCCUGACGGCGGACGACGAUCGUUCUGAGGACAUUUCUUGCAGCCACCAGUCAGCGUGUAGUCCCAUGGGAAGAAGGCACAGUAGUCAUCAUCAUCAUAGCUGUGGCAUGAUGCAGGUGAAUGGUGGCAGGAGCGCGACACAGCCUGGUCAUUCCACGACGGGAGUGAGUGAUCAGACACCAGGAUGUGGUGGUGGUGGUUAUGGUGGUGGUGACGGACC